CUCAGUGCGCAGGCACGGGUCGCGCCGAGCUCGCCGGGUGUCCAUAAUACGUGGCGUCUGAGGCUGGAGCGACGCACAGGCGAGAGAUGGGAGCCGCGCGAGAGAUCUGCGGCUAACCCAGCUGCAUUUGCUCGCCCGGCAAGGAAGGUGGAAGAGAAGGCGGAUCAGGGGAGAAGGAUGAGUGCUUAUGCUGACAUCUGUGCAUCCAAGCAGGCGCAGCAGGGUACCCCGGAAGGAGGUUACCAGCGCUAUGGAGUUCGCUCUUACCUGCAUCAGUUUUAUGAGGACUGCACAGCAUCCAUUUGGGAGUAUGAUGACGAUUUUCAGAUUCAGAGAUCACCAAGCAGGUGGAGCUCUGCAUUCUGGAAGGUCGGACUCAUCUCAGGGACGGUGUUUAUGCUGACAGGGAUCAUCGUUCUCAUCGUAGGUUUUCUUGUGUCGCCCAAAAUUGAAGCCCUGGGAGUAGAAGAUUUUGUGGUGGUGGAUACACGUGCAGUGCAGUUCAACAGAGCCCUUGACAUAUGCAAGUUGGCCGGAGCAAUAUUGUUCUGCAUCGGAGGAACCACAAUGGCGGCCUGCUUGCUGAUGUCUGCGUUCGCUAAAAGCUACUCCAAAGAAGAAAGGUACCUGCAGCAGAAGUUUAAAGAGAGAAUUGCAGACAUCAGAGCCCAUGCACACCCCGUCACCAAAGCCCCGGCGCCUGGAGAAUCCAAGAUACCUGUCACAUUGUCCAAAGUUCAAAAUGUCCAGCCGUUAUCUGAAACCUGAUGUUUGUUUUCUCUUUCCUAACAUACCCAUCUUGUGAAUUUGAAAAGGUCGGCUUUGGCCUGUGUAUGAAUCUGUGUUUCCCAUGCAGUGUAACUGCACUCUGCAGCCAGUGGGGAAAGGAGCAGAUUGGUAAGGAGGUGCAAAUGGCUUGAAGGGGGUGGUUCAGCCAUCAGUGGCUUGAACAAAGCAUUCAUGUAUGAGUUGUUCUCUUAUUUUUAAUAGUUGCAUUGAACCCUUGCAAAGCACCAUUUGAUUGCCCUUCCCUUUAAAUUUGGCACCCAUUUCGUGCUGCUUCCAGUUAACCUGUUUUAUUGUGGGCGGCUUCAAGUUAUGUUCUCUUGGCUCUAUAGCCAAAGUCCAACAAGACGAUAUUCGUGCACGUUGGAGAGAACCAUCAUGCAGACAACAGGAGCAGCUUUCUCAUUUCCACCACAUGUGCUUGUACUACUGGGGAAGAAAGUUGUCUUGCAAACCAAAAGGCAGCUUUUCUCUUCAGCAGCAUGAGCUGCUGUGGUGGGAACAUAAAGGGAACCAACCAAUGCCCUCACCUGAUCAUUCGUUUGUUUUUAAAUAGAAAUGGCAAAUCAUUAACGUGAUAUUCCAUAUUUUCCCCAGUCCUGAUAAUAGAACAGUUAUAAUAAGCCCUUCUUUUGUAAAGAAAUCCAUCCAUUACUGUCAUCUGAAGAGCAGCCUUUAGAGUCUACCAGUGAAAUCCUAUGCACGUUUACUAAGAUGGAGGUUCCACUGAGCAGGGCUUUGU